CGCACGUUUCCACGCCGCCCGCCCAAAACACUAACGAAAAUCGAUAUACUUAUCACGUUUUUUGCUUAUCGAUGUCACGGUGUCAUUUUGGUGCUAUCAUGUCACUGUUAGUGCUAUCAAUGUCAAUGUCAGAACGGUGAUUGUUCUGUGCAGUGUAAAUACGUGUCGAGUGACAAGCAAACUCGCUGGUCGCUUGGGGACAAAUGUUUGAGCUGUCAAUAAGUGGACCACACUUUUUUUCACUGGGUACAUCCGAUAGCGGAGUGUUACCGCGAUUCAGAAGGAGAGCAUGUGAUGCCGGCCUUUGACGCCCGGCGCCAUGCCCACGCCGCUGCAGCCCGGCGGCCCCGCUAGCGGCCCGCCUCCGGAGCGCAAGCGGCGCCGCAAGCGCGACGAUCCCCAGAGUUCGGCUGCGCUCGAGCCCGACGACGACGACGGCGACAUGAGCCCAGAGGAGGAGCCGCGCAACGCUCCCGCGGCCCCUGCGGCGCCCGCCCCGGCACCCUCGUCCGCGCCAGCGCCCACGUCUCCUCCCGCCGCGCCGGACGCCGUCGACCUCACCUCGCGCCGAGACUCUCCACCACUCUCCUCCGAUGUGGAACAUUUCGAUGGCAAAAUCGUCUACAACCCUGACGGAUCGGCUUACAUCAUCGAGGACCCAGAAAUAUCGGAGGGCGAAACGAGUUUGCAAGACCUACCCAAAAUAGAACCCGGGUGCAUAGUCGAUAGCCGAGAUAGCAACGUGGUGGAGAGACAACUCGAAUUCCCGCAAAUAGCGAGCGCUUUCUACGUGUCAAGAAAUCCAUCUUUGUAUGGUGCUCUGUAUGGAAGACUGGCUGCAGAGAGAGCGCGAGCGAGGCCAGAUGCGCCUGUGAUGCAUAGUUAUCGAGUGUUUAGUUUUCGUGGAGGAAAAGACGCUCCUAGACCGACGUCUCCAGUGCCGGAGUGCCCUAUUAGCGUACCGGUUAAACCGAUACUUAUGUGUUUUAUUUGUAAAUUGAGUUUUGGAUACGCUAAAUCUUUUGUAGCUCAUGCCCAAUCGGAUCACAGUUUAUCGUUACUUGAUACAGAAAGAGAUGCUCUAUCGAGAGAAAAUGCAUCAGCAAUCAUUCAGUGCGUUGGAAAAGAUAAAGAAUCUCUAGUCUCAUUUUUAGAACCAGUUGGAGCUGCUGUCCCACCACGAGCUUCGAUGUCAGGUAGUCCCGCGAAUAUAUCAGAAUUAUCCAGCCCUUCUAUGGACAAGCGACUGGAAGUAUUGACGCCAGACAGAGAAAAUGAAUCAAUGUUACCCAAUGGAUCAUGUGAUGAUCGAAGACCGAGUCCGCCAUCGUGGAGGCCGCCUAGAUCGAUGGCUGAAUCAUUAAUUCCACAACAUUCCAUGAUCUCAGUCGCACACCCGCACACAAUAAAUGCUUCUGUACAACCUCGUAGUAGCCCUAAUUCAUCCCCACCGUUUCAAACAGCUCCUCCCGCUUUUCUUUCCGGAACGACGAUAGGAGUAUGUCCAGAUCACCUUGGAGGACGACCUUCUGGAGCUGAUUGUCCAAAAUGCGAGCUUAUUUUAAAUUCUGGUAGACUAGGUGGUCCCUUAGCUGGAAUGCAUAGUCGAAAUUCCUGUAAAACAUUGAAAUGUCCAAAGUGUAAUUGGCAUUACAAAUAUCAAGAAACCUUAGAAAUACAUAUGAAGGAAAAGCAUCCAGAAGCCGAAACUAGUUGUAUUUAUUGUAUUGCUGGUCAGCCACAUCCACGAUUAGCACGUGGUGAAACUUAUACCUGUGGAUACAAACCUUACCGAUGUGAAGUCUGCAAUUACUCUACCACGACGAAAGGAAAUCUAAGCAUACACAUGCAGUCUGACAAACAUCUAAAUAACAUGCAAGAGUUACAGAAUGGUGGCAAUCCCGGUGAAGGAAGUUUACCACCAGCCCAGCAUACGCCACCGGGUGUACAUAAACCUCCACUACCACAUCAUUCUCCCUUGGGACAGAAGCCAAAGCCAACAUUUCGAUGUGAUGUUUGCAAUUAUGAAACCAAUGUUGCGCGUAAUUUAAGGAUACAUAUGACAUCGGAAAAGCACACUCAUAACAUGCUUGUCCUUCAGCAGAAUGUUAAACACAUGCAGACUUUGUCUGCCCUUCACCAUAGGCAACAAAGUCAGCAGCAGUUAGAGAGUUUAUUACAUUUUCAUGGCAGUGAUGCUCCUCCACCAAACCCAGAGGCUGCUCUAGCGGACAUGGCAUACAACCAGGCCCUGAUGAUUCAGCUUAUGACUGGCGGCCCUGGACCAUCGCCUCCAGAGUUAGGUGCUCAUUUAGACGUUGGCUUAAAUCCGGAGGCUAUGGAACCACCGCCAGAACCUGCGGACCCAGAACCAGAAAGAACGUUUCACUGCUGUAUAUGCAACUGCUUUUCAACAGAUUCUCUGGAAGCGUUGGGUCACCAUCUAGCACAAGAUCGCACAAAGAUCAGAGAACAGGAAAUAUUAGCAUUAGUAGCCGGUCACUACGUUUGUAAAUUAUGCACAUACAAAACUAAUUUAAAGGCCAAUUUUCAAUUACACUGCAAAACGGAUAAACAUCUACAAAGGCUGCAACACGUCAAUCAUGUGAAAGAAGGUGGUCCGAGAAACGAAUGGAAACUAAAGUUUUGUGGUGGUGUAGGGACGGGCGGUGCGGGAGUCGGUGGUGUGCAGGUCAGAUGUUGUGCUUGUGAUUAUUAUACAAACUCAGCACACAAACUGCAGCUGCACGCCGCUGGAGCCAGGCACGAGGCUGCCGCCCUACUGUUGAGACACUUACGAGACGGUGCUUCAAGGAUACCACGUGAACGUCCUCGAGUAUACCGAUGUGCGUUAUGUGGCUUUGGUGCACCACAUCGACUGCCACUCCUACAGCACGUGCGCUCAGUCAAACAUUUGCAAAUGGAACAGAUCCACCAACUUCAACGCCGGUCUGAAGGCAAGGACCCCACACCGGAUGUUGCUGAGCUCUUCCAAGUCAUCCCUCAACCGCCUGAGUUGUCGAGCCCGUACGAUCAACAAGACAGUGAUAGUAAGGAGCCCAUCGAUCAAAAACCUGAGCUAACGCAAGAGCAGAAAAUGUUGCGGUUUCUAGAACAACACCAACAACAAGCUGUUCAGCAACAUCAACAGCAGCUUCAACAACAUCAAGCUCAACAAGCUGCCCAGCAACAAUCUCAACAAAGCUGUAGUGAUAAAGAUGACGAACAAGAAACGCCUGGACCACACGUCUGUCCGUAUUGCAACUUUAGCUGUAGCGGUGAGCACAGACUGUCCGCACAUGUCAACUCAGUUCAUGGCGAUACCGUUCGACAUUUCAUUUGCCCUCUGUGUCAAGAUGCGUUUAAGGAAAGACCUGCUCUUGAAAGACAUGUAAUGCAGAUCCAUUCUGUGAACUCGGAAGGACUGCAAAGGCUGCUUCUUCUUGUAGAUCAAAGUCAUUGGCUAAAUGGCGGUACCCAAGCGCAGAGAGAUGAAUCAAAACAAGGAGAAGAGAAUGAAAGAGAAAUCUCAUCUCCUCGCUCUGAAGGCAGCGUUGAUGGUGAGAUGGAACGAUGCUCCACCUGUAAUCGCACAUUUCGCAAUGUUGACGAAUUAUGCCAACAUCAAAAUGAAUCUGGUCAUUUAGAACUGAAACAAACGCCUCAAGGACCAGGUUAUGUUUGUUGGAAAAAAGGAUGUAACCGAUAUUUCGAUUCUGCACACGCCUUACAAAACCAUUUUAGAGAAGCUCAUGCGCGUAAUUCUAUUGCAAAUAUGUCGGUUUCUGAGAAGCACGUGUAUAAGUACCGGUGCAAUCAAUGUAGCUUGGCAUUUAAAACGGUUGAAAAAUUACAAUUACACUCUCAAUACCAUGUUAUACGUGAUGCUACAAAAUGCGUGCUCUGUGGACGAAGCUUUAGAUCUGUGCUGGCUCUCCAAAAGCACGUUGAAACAUCUCAUCCUGAACUCUCAGAAGAAGAACUAUCGGCCUUUAAAAGAAGUCUCGCCUCCAAUCCUUUAUUACAAGCCGGUCAGGGUGUCGUAUUAGAUGCUGCAACCGCAGAUUUAUUACGCAAAGAGGCUCUACGAACUCCCGAAGAUGAACUUUGUGAGAUGGAAGAUAGAGACUCGAGCGCAACAGCCGCUGAUGAGUCCGGGCAUAAUGAUGCCGAGAACUCUGACGAUUCAAUAAUUUACAAAGAUCAACAAUUCCUUGAAGACUAUUUGAAUUCACAAGCAAUGGCAGAAGACUCCUACAAUGAUCCCAACAGAAAAUAUAAAUGUCAUCGGUGCAAAGUCGCUUUCACACGCCAAUCAUAUUUGACAGCGCAUAACAAGACUCUCCUACACAGAAAAGGCGAAAAACUCACAUACCCAAUGGAAAAAUAUCUUGAUCCGAACAGACCAUUCAAAUGUGACGUUUGCAAGGAAUCUUUUACGCAAAAGAACAUCUUACUUGUCCAUUAUAAUAGCGUCAGUCAUUUGCACAAAUUAAAACGUGCUAUGCAAGAACAACAAAAUAAUAAUAAUCCACCCGUUUCGCCCGGUGCUGGCACCGCUCCCUCCAAUUUAACUCUGACACCUAAAAGUACAUCUAGUGAGGAAGACGAUCGCAAGAGAUACAAGUGUAACAUAUGCAAAGUUGCGUAUACGCAAGGGAGCACGCUCGAUAUUCAUAUGAGGUCAGUUUUACAUCAAACGCGAGCGGGAAAACUGCAGGAGCUCGCCGCCGCGGGCCACGUGGACUUGACACGGCCUUUAGUAGAGCAGCCGGACAGAAACGACCCCGCCAAAAUUUUACAAGACGUGUUGUCGCCGAAAAAUACAUCCCCUUCGUCUACGAGCAGCGGGGGGCCACGUUCCUCACCCCCUGCUCGCCCAGGUAGCCCGCGAUCCCCUCGCGCAGGUAGCGCCUCGUGCGAGCGCUGCCACGCGUCAUUCCCAACUGGGGAGCUACUCGACGCACAUCGCGCUACUUCAUGCCCGUUUGGCGAUGCGCGGGCGCACUCGCCGCUCGGUGACGCAGAGGCAGCGGCUAUAGACGAGAUGGUAGCCAAGGGCAAUCCGCCCAAAAGAAACUCACAAAUGUAUAAACAACUCCUCGAGACAUUCGGAUUCGACCUAGUGAUGCAGUACAAUGAGAACCAGCGGCGCAAACUGCAAGAGGAGCGCGAGAUGGCUCGGGCACCGAGUCCGCCGCCGCCGCCACCCGAGGAGAAGCCGCCGGACGGUGAAACCAAGUCGACGUGUCAACAUUGUAAUAAAGAGUUUUCUAGUGUUUUUGUUUUAAAGACUCACUGUGAAGAAGUGCAUAAAGAUAAAGUUCCCCUCGAGUUUUUGGAACAGUUCGCGGAACAGUUUAAAUCGGAAUAUGAGAGGAAGUCCGGUGCUCCGAACUCGCCGCGUGCAGCUUCUCCCGCGCCGCAGGGCGAGCGGUCGCCGUCGCCCCGCGGCGACACCAGCGGGAGCUUCAACGAGAACGGGAACGGUCCGGGCGAGGCACAAGCUGGAGCUCUAUUGGCUGCGCAAGUGCAAGAGAUGCAAGCUGCUUUGAACAUGCUGCAGCUGCAACAACAGCUCGGACAGUUGCACCCGAUGAUGGCUCAGAUGCUGUCUCUAGGACUUCCGCUGGGCUUGAACAUGGGUGCGCUGGCGGCCAUGAACCUGCAGCCGCCGCUGGUGUCGCUCAUGCUGCCGCCGCCGCCCUUUGACGCCAUGCCGUUCGCACAUGACGCUCAAAUGAAACAACAACAGCUGAUCCAGCAACAACAACAGGCGAACGCUGCUGCCGGUCAGAAACGAGCUCGAACGCGUAUCACUGACGAGCAAUUGAAAAUACUACGCUCGCACUUUGACAUCAAUAACUCUCCCAGCGACGAAGCGAUUGCAAAAAUGGCUAAACAGUCUGGACUCGCCACCAAGGUAAUCAAACAUUGGUUCCGGAAUACGCUAUUCAAAGAACGCCAAAGGAAUAAAGAUUCGCCUUACAAUUUUAACAACCCACCAUCCACUACUUUAAACCUUGAAGAGUACGAGAAGACUGGGGAAGCCAAAGUGACGCCUUUAGACUCUUCUGCUAGCUCUGAUGAAGGCAAACCGCCACCUGAAAAAAAAGCAAAAACUGAGGACACAUUGUCCAUGAUAAACCAACAGGAAGUCAAAUGCGAACCGAAUGAUGAACCUACUAUGGAGGAAAAGUACAAUUCAUAUGACGACCGCCAUCAAGAAGACAGAAGUUAUAAUUUUCCACAAAUGCCUCUCCAAAGUCCUGCACUAAAUACUUCUGAAAUCAUUCAUAAUCUUUCGCGACCACAAACACCAACUCACGUGUCGCUUAAUUCUCUAAUACAGUCUCAAUUAGAUUCAAUACCGGCCACGAGUAUACCUCAGCCUUCACAUCCGACGAUGCUACCACCAAAAAUAAAUCCGAAUUUCACGUCCCCAAACUCCGCGCCCCCGAACGUCCUACCUUUGACCCCAAAUCGCAGCCUCAGUCCUGGCAGAGGACCGGCCGAUUUCGGACUUUCCGGGGGCAACUCGAACGGAUCCAACAGCUCGGGGUCUUCUGGCAAACGCGCCAACAGAACUAGAUUUACUGACUAUCAAAUCAAGGUUUUACAAGAAUUUUUUGAAAACAAUGCAUAUCCAAAAGAUGAUGACUUAGAAUAUUUGUCAAAGUUAUUGGGGCUGAGCCCUAGAGUCAUCGUUGUGUGGUUUCAAAACGCGCGUCAAAAAGCAAGAAAAGUGUAUGAAAAUCAGCCGGCAGCAGAUCCACCUGCGGGCUCGAUGGAUGACGCCAAUAGAUUUCAACGCACACCUGGCCUCAAUUAUCAAUGUAAAAAGUGCCAACUAGUAUUUCAACGAUAUUACGAAUUGAUAAGACAUCAGAAGACUCAUUGUUUUAAGGAAGAGGAUGCGAAACGAUCGGCGCAGGCGCAGGCCGCUGCUGCUCAAGUCGCUGCUACGUUAAGCAGCGAAGACUCCAAUUCAAGUACCGUAGAACAUCACGUUCCGCAUGUGCCAGUGUCACCGGCACCUCCUCGAACUCCCACGCCUGCAGCCCCCAACUACCCCGUCUCCCCGGCUCCCCCCACGCCGCACAUGGCGCAUACGCCCGUCACUCCACUUACGCAUACACCCAAAGAGGAAAAAGAUGGCAAUUUUCAAUGUGAUAAAUGCAAUCUAGUCUUCCCACGCUUCGACUUAUGGCGAGAGCAUCAACUAGUUCACAUUAUGAACCCAAAUUUAUUCCCCACAUAUCCACCUGAUUCCCCUUUUGGAAUCUUACAACAACACGCUCAACUACAACAAUUGAACGCAUCAUUAACGAACGAAGAGGCACGCCAUCCAUUAGUAGCAGCAUUAAAUCAACAAGUCGCAAAAAGAAAAUUUGAUGAGUUCGAGGAAGCAGACACGGGAGAACAACCGAAAGAUAAGCGCUUAAGGACUACCAUUUUACCAGAACAAUUGGACUACCUUUAUCAGAAGUACCAAAUAGAAUCAAAUCCUUCACGAAAAAUGCUGGAAAAUAUUGCCCGCGAAGUAGGAUUAAAAAAAAGAGUGGUACAAGUUUGGUUUCAAAACACACGAGCGCGGGAGAGAAAAGGCCAAUUUCGAGCACACGCUCAAGUUAUUAAUAAGCGCUGUCCAUUCUGUCCAGCUUUAUUUAAAGUUAAAAGUGCUCUAGAAAGUCACUUGAGUACGAAGCAUGCUGACCAGUGCGCGCGAGGAGAAAUUAAUGUCGAUGCACUUCCAGAUGAAGAACUAAGCACAGAAUCGACACCAAGUUUUGGUUCCCAGCAAAGUGAUAGACAGCAAAAUUUUUCCCAAGCGGGGGCUCCCAUGUUGCCCCCUAUUUUUCCGCCUUUCCACUCAGACAUGGAGAAGUUUAUCAAGCAGUACAGUGAGGAGUCCAUGAAGCGAUAUGUGAGUGAACUCCAAGCUCAUGCUGCCGCACAACAAAAUGGCAGUGGUGGAGAUGAACCCUCUGAGAGGCGAGCAGAACAUGGAAAAUCUGAAAUACCUUUAGAUCUCAGCAAGCCUGUUGAUCUGUCACGGCCGGGAUCAGACGCCGAUGAACGCUCGGAUACUGCAUCCGAAACGAUGGAGUACUACGAAGAAGACGAACCGACGUCGCCCAUCGUGGGCCAACAGCAAACGCCGAGGCCGCCCGGGAAACGAUUUCGAACGCAAAUGUCUUCUGUUCAAGUCAAAAUCAUGAAGUCGUUAUUCGGCGACUAUAAAACGCCGACGAUGGCGGAGUGUGAGGCCCUAGGAAGAGAAAUCGGGUUACCUAAGCGAGUCGUUCAAGUGUGGUUCCAAAACGCACGGGCUAAAGAAAAGAAGGCGCGUCUCGCGGCUGGCCUUUCGGAGAUUUCCGACGCGCAACCACCGGAGGAAUGCAGAGUGUGUGAUUUUAAGUACAGUCACAAGUACUCAGUGCAGGACCAUGUGUUCACGCGAGGUCACAUCGCGGCAGUGCGCGCGCGGAUCGAGAGCAACGCCGGCGCGGGCGACGACAGCACGCUCGCGCUCAUGCAGAUGGCGGCGCGGCUGGAGGGCGGGCUCGGCAGCGAGCUGCACAGCGCGUUCCUGCGGCCACAGCUCGCCGGCAACGGUGAGUGCACUUGACAGCGGUCCACGUCGUUUAGCGCUUCCGAGUGCUACGCGACUACGGACUUCCUGACGUUCACGUAGAACCUCGCAGCGGCGAGCUUCGUUCUCUAAACGGAGUUUUGCUUCCGAUGAAAAUUCACUUAGACAAUCCGAUGGUAGAGCGAAGCUCACAAAGUGCCGUGACGGUCGUUGGUCUAUUUUCCUACUAGUGAGUCCUUUUGUAAAUAAUUUUAGAUGUUACGCGAUGUGGUUACGCAAAACCUGAGUGAUGUUAAUUUUCAAUAUCGACAGUAAUUAUUAUCAUAGCUUCAAGAUUACAUUAACGUUGUCAAAUGUGCGUCAGAUGGGUCGCGCGAGCGCAACGCUCGUUACUCAGUAAUAACAACACGUACGCAAUCAAAUCAAUCCCAGAAAUUAUUUCGUAAUUUAAAUAAUUACCGAGUACCACUUGAAGCGUGGUGAUAGUGUGACUGUAUUUGGAGUUUGUUUCGCGGUUCGGGUAGAGUGAUAGGUCGGUCGCGUCGUGGUGACUGGUGAGGAGGAGAGGCGUGCCGGGAGUGCCGGCGGGCCGGUGGGCGUCUCUGAGCCGCCGCUAUUUAAAUGCAAACGAACACAACAAUGGUAGGAGUUAGGACGCGUGAAGGACGUCGUAUAUCUAAUGCGACCGAUCUGGUGCACAUGCAUGUCUCUCCACAUGAAUAAUCAAUUAUUCAAAUUACGCCAAUCAAAAGACUUUCUCGGAAACUCUCCGCAAACGUCGAUAGCUUCUUUUGUUUCAUCGAUUUAUUGAAAUAUGUAAUAAUUCGUCGCAUUGAAAAUCACCAUCGCCGAGGUCUGCGUAACCUACUAGUAAUCUGUUGCAUAAUAUUAUUCUUCCUAGUUGUUCAUAUUUAAAACUCCUAUUAGGUUUUAGAGACUUGUCGAUUGUUGUAGGAUUGUAAUGAAAACCAAAUUAUAUAUUAUAGAGAAUUUAAAACAUUUAGUUAUAAUGUAAAGUCAAAGCGAAGCCUGAAGUCUUUAUAACUAUUUAAAUAAGGUGCCUUGUAGGAUCCAAGUGUUUGUAAAUUAUUUCCCAGAGCUCCACUGUAAAUAAUUAAUUGAUCAUGUAAAAGUAUACUAUUAGAGUUUAAUGUUAGGUUGCUGUAAAGUUUGUCUCGAACGGCCGUUCGAUGUUUGUAUACUGCGUUUAGUGGUAUGCGGCGUAGGUAGAUAGAUUUAAAUAAAUAUAUUGUUCGUUUCAUAGAGGCAUCUUAAAAACUUGUGAUAUAACUGUAUCUAAUUAGUGUACUACGCAUAUCUUGCGAGGGGAACAAAAAUAAAUACAGACAUAACAUAGAAAGUUUGUCGUAUUUUACAUAAUAAUGAAUACUUGGGUAACUUGUGGGGUCGCCGGCUGCAGUUUUUGAUAUUCUCCCGAAGCAUUUACAUAAGAGCGGUUGGAAAUUGGGGAGUCGGGCGAUAUGCAAAUAUUUUCUUCAAAUUUAAAUGCACUACAUAGGAAAGCUCGUGCCGCCUUCUGAGCGCCAAACAAAUCGGCGCACGCGCCGCGGGUGUUGCCGUCGAGUUUCUAUUUGUGUGAAAACCUACCUCCCGUCUUACAUGCCAAGAUACUUUCCUAUUAUCCUUUCAAAUGCAAAUAUUGCACUUUGAAAUUGUCCAUAAUAUAUUUAAAAUAUUAGAUCCGCAAAACUCUUUACAGAUAUUGAAUUAUUUGCAUAUCGCUGUAUGUUAUUUUUUUCUUUGCUUUAUGCUGUUAUGUUUGUAUUUAUUUUUGUUCUUAAGUUUAUUAUUUUUAUUUGUUUCGUUUAGAUUAUUAUGUACUUUGGUGCGUCAGCUGUUUAGCCGACUGUAGCCUUGAUAUUGAAUUUGCCUCCAAUACGACUUCCAAUAACUUUAUUUUAAUUUGUAUAAUUUAAGUUUACCUAAUUAUAUGCGAUCUGCAUUUACUGUUAUUCAGAUGAUAUUUUUCAAAAUAGUUUUUAAAAGUGAAGUCCAGUGCCAGCCAGUGAAAAAUAUCUUUGGUUUGCCGAUAGAGAUCGUCAUUGAACUAGAGAGAGAUGAAAAAUCUUGUAAACUGAAUAGUAUUAUUAUAAUUAUUAUCUACAGUUAUUAUAUUUGCCGAAUUCGUUGAAAUAAAUGCAAUAUUUAUAUUAUUGA